GCGAAGGUGGAGCACGACGUCAUCCUCAGCUACAGCGCUGGGAUCAGCGCGUGCGAGAAGGGCGAGCAGUGGCAGCAAGGGCGAGCAGUGGCAGCGGGCGCUGGCGCUACUGAGCGAGAUGUGGGAGGCGAAGCUGGAGCCCGACGCCAUCAGCUACAGCGCUGCGAUCAGCGCGUGCGAGAAGGGCGAGCAGUGGCAGCGGGCGCUUGUGCUGCUGAGCGAGAUAUGGGAGGCGAACGGGCGCUUGCACUGCUGAGCGAGAUGUGA